AGGCCGAGCUGGCUACCCGCAGCGCCGAGGCUGGGAUGGCGGCGUCGCGGCCCGGUGCGGACGGUCCCUGUUGCUCCCACCUCAGUGCGGUGCCCAGCGUGCAGCAGACCCUGGAGGAGAUGGACUUCGAGAGGGGGAUCUGGUCGGCAGCCCUGAAUGGAGACCUGGGCCGAGUGAAGUAUUUAAUCCAGAAGGCAACGGACCCUAGUCAGCCCGACUCCACUGGCUACACUGCUCUGCACUACGCCAGCCGCAAUGGGCACUAUGCUGUGUGCCAGUUCCUGCUGGAAAGUGGAGCCAAGUGUGAUGCCCAGACCCAUGGGGGUGCCACUGCUCUGCACCGGGCCAGCUACUGUGGGCACACUGAAAUCGCACGGCUGCUGCUCUCACAUGGGUCCAACCCCAGGCUGGUAGAUGCCGAUGGCAUGACCAGUCUACAUAAGGCUGCUGAGAAGGGGCACAUGGAUAUUUGCUCCCUCCUGUUGCAACAUAGCCCAGCCCUGAAGGCCGUCCGGGAUCGGAAGGCACGUCUAGCAUGUGACCUGCUGCCCUGCAACAGUGACCUGCGGGACCUUCUGGCCAGCUGAGUCACCACUCUCCUGUCUUGGGCUGCCCUUGAAGGGUACACAGACCAGCUCUCCAAUCCCUGCCUUGGUCAGCAUCCAUGCUGCAGGGCACGAAGCUGCGGCCAGAAGACACGGGAAGAGCCCCAGUUUGGCUACUGUGGAGGCCAGGGAGUAGGCUUGUUGGGGCUGGAAGUGUUUAAGCCCAGACAGAUGAUCAUAUUCUAAAUGAGUUCAUGUGAGACAUCUAUCCAUUUGGAAAAAAAUAAAGUUAUAUCCUUAUCUCAUCCCACACACACAAAAAAAAAAAAUCACAAGAUUAAAGAUCUAAAUAUAAAAACUACGUAAGUAUUAGAAGAAAAUAUGGAAUAUGUGACAAAAGCUGCUUUCUAGCUGAAUGACCUUGGCACAAGUCACUUUACCUGUCUGUCCCUCAGUUUCUUCAUCUGAAAGACGAAAAUGACUGUAAUAGGGCCUGCCUCAGUCAUUGUGGGGACGAAAUGAGCGAACAUCAGGGGAGCACUUGAGAGAGCCUGGCACGUGGGAAGCAGAGGAGGGCCUGCUGCCCGGCACCCCACCCCACGGGCUUUCGUGCCCUGGUUUCAUUACUGUCGGCGGACUGGUAGGUAGGAAAGUGCCAUUCCUUUCUUUUGCGUUGCUGAUGACUAGUCCUAAUUGCCUGUUUUCUGUGAACUUCCUGCCCAUGCCUAUUUUAAAAAUGUUUUCUCUUUUAUUGAUUCAUAAGAGUUUAUAUUCUGGA